GUGAACUUGAGCAACCCCCCUCAACCGCGAUGUUGCUCACUUUGGCCGGUUGUCGGUCGGUUCUCCUGCCACAAACGAGCAUGACUGUUGAAAGAGUUAAUGUCUACCUUGAGAAUUUUUUGCACAGCUGCUCCUGGGAUGCUGAGACUGCAAACAUUAGUUCCGUCCUGAUAACGCUUGACAACACUUUUCGCCUAGGAACCUUGGAUGAAGGAAAAACUGUUGGCCAGUCCUCGUUUAUGGCGCUUUCCGGAUGGAUUACAGAAGGUUUGGAGAAGGAUAGAUCUCCUGAUCGGCUAACUCAACAAAACGGAGUCAUGAGCACAGCCACACCAACGAUGAAACAAGGGUCUGUCAGUUGUGAUCUUCCAGGAUCUACGGAAUUUAUUCUGUACGGACUACCAAACGUUGUAUUUUUAGGGGCUGGUAAAAGCGGACAAUGA